AUGAACACGUCAUUGAAAGUUCUUGCUGACAGGAAAUCCACUGAGGAUUUCAUCGAACUCCUCGACUUCCUUCGUCACGCUUUGAUUUUCCUGGACUUCUCAGUUGUUGGGGGCCGAAUAAUGAAGUUGUUGGUUGCACUCUGCGAGGCUGCUUCAGUGAGUGAUGAUAUUCACUCUGAUUCUAUCGCGACUGCGCACCUAUCGAAACAUACAGUGCCCACAAUAAAUGCGAUACUGGCAACUGUGCUGGCUAUGCUCGAGCAUGAUGCCGCAGCUGCGAAGAGAGAGAGGUUUUGUUCUUUUGCUUCGAGAGUUCUUGCAAGCUUGGCACAGCAGCAACCAACUCUAAUAUACCGUCAUGGAGCAGCUGAUAGUGAAGUACUUUCAAGCGGCAGAGCUAUUUUUGGACAGGUAAUGCUGUCCUCUUCCCAACAUCUUCUUCACGGGAAUGGGGAAGAAAGGAAGACAGCCAUGAUGCUGCUACCAUUGUCAAUUCGACACAUCGUGAGUCUUUCCAAACCAUUGGACACAGAAGACGACGACAGUGUUGCUUUCACCUUAUUCCCAGAACUUUCCAUCCUUUUUCGACAGCUUGAGGACAACAAACGAAGUGCUCCGCAGGUACACGAAAAGUGUGUUCGGGAUUGCUUGGUUGCCAUGGAAGUUGUUCUACAGCCUUCGUUUGAGAUCAUAUGGGGUUUGUCUCUGAAGCCGCUGGUUCUCCUUCUAUUGCAAAUGGAUUCUCACGGGGAACAUGUUUGUCGUUGUAUGAAGCGCUUAGUUGUGCUUGGAGCCGAGAUGUCACAAGACGGGACUCACAGAAUUGACGUUAAUGGUGCUAUUUCGUAUCUGGUGCAAGGGUGCGGAUUAGAGAUUCUUUGGAAGCAAAUUGGAUUGUCUGAAGCUUGCCAUGUCAUCCAUGAGGACGAAGAAAAGAACGCUGUUGCGCAAAACGUACUUUGGCUUCUGCAGCUCAUGAAAUCUUCCGAAACGGGAAGAGGUGAAACAAAUCUAAGCCUCUCUUUCUUUCAACAAACCGUUUUGCCAUUGGCGCGGUUCUAUGAUUCUCAGACAGCCGAAGGUGCUGGAAAGUCGCUGAAACGGAAAAGAACGGUCGUUGCACUUUGGGCGCUGUUUCCUUCCUUCUGCCGAUGUCCAACAGAUCUUGAGUCUGUGUUCCCUGGCUUGGCACCUUUGUUGGUUCGGGCAAUGAACGAUGAGCGAUAUCCCGAACUUGUUGCUAUCAUUUCAUCAGGACUGAAGACACUUGCUACUGGAGUUCGCGAAAGGAAGUUGGGGAAUGGAGAGCUUGUCGACGGCGAAGAGGUGUCCAGGCUCCGUCGCGAGGCAGAUCUUUUGGAAGUGGUGUCCGAAAAGUUGAUUCCAUCUCUUUUCAAACUAGUCGAAAACAUCCAUGCGAAGGAGAAGGGAGAUGUGGAACAAAUGGAAGUUGAAGGCAGCGAGGAAAGAUAUGUUGACAAGUCACAUAAAGUACGAUCGUUGACUGACGCAAUUGCAUCACUAUCGCAAUUAGGCCCGCAACACUUGAUUCAACGCCUAUUCUCAAAGAUUGUCCAGAGACUUCUCGAAGCGUCUCAGGCCGACGAAGAUUUGUCAGAACAAAUGUGCAUGUUGCUUACGCUCGCUCAAUCACUAGUAGUCUCUGAGAGUCUGGAGCACAGCAGCAUUUCCUUGCUGUUUCGCUGUUUGAAGCCGUUGAUUAGAUCUGACGAGACAAAGCCAAGAGUCCAAAAGCGCGCUUACAAGGUCCUUGCAGAGAUUUGUCAGCGCCGCGUCGACUUCGUGCGAAAGAGUGAGCAGCUGAAUGACACCUACCAACUUCUCACAUCAUCACUACAGACAUGGUAA